AUUCAAACUAGAAAUUAAAAUUAGUUUAUAAAACGCUUUCUAACGGAACACACUUGAACAAAAUGUCGGCCGAUGAUAUUGUUAUACGCGUAGUACAACCCCACGAAUACGAACAAGUGGUUCAAUUCAUUAUCGAUCACUUCUAUCGCGAUGAGCCCUUGUGCAGUUCUGAACCCAAGGUAGUGCCCGGUGAAACCGAUCGUGCUGACAUCAUGGAAUGUCUUAAAGGCGGCACCAGCAUUUUGGCUAUGCAGAUCAAGGAAAAUGGUGAAGAAGAGUUAGUGGGUGUUAAUGUUGGUGUACCCAAAGAUCCUUCAUCGGUAGAUAAAUACUUUAAAAAUGCUGAAAAAGAAGGCAAUACCAAAUAUGGUCAAGUUUUGAAAUUCUUAGGUGUUGCCAAUCGUCAGGCUGAUCUCUUCAAUCGUUAUGGUGUCGAUAAACUUUUCUAUUCCUUUAUGUCAUGUGUAACACCCACCUGCCGCGGUAGGAAUCUGGGCACACGUCUCAAGGAAGAACUCAUGGCUUUGGCUAAGAAAUUGGGUUAUAAAUUAGUAACUGUUGACUGUUCCAGUUUCUAUUCGGCCAGAUUAUGCAAACGUAUGGGUUGGGAUGUUGCCAACUUUAUUGCUUACUCUGACUAUAAGGAUGAAAACGGUCAAGUAGUUUUUCCCAAUAUUCCACCACCUCACGAGGGUUUGACCACCUUGGCGGUGCGUGUGUAAAUGUGAUUAAUAAGUAGUAUUUAUAUUUUGUUUAUAAAAUAUUUGUAUAAUUAAAUUUAAAAGUGUGCCAAUUUUUAUUUUAUAGAAUACUCGUCGUAUUAAAAUAAAAUUGUUAUUUUUUUGUAAAA